CCCCCCCCUAUCAGUCUGUCUUUCCCUCUCUAUCAAUCUCGCCUUUAUUCCCGUGCACACGUUAAACCGGUUUAGUGUAGGCUACGUGUGUGAACCAUGAAAACACUCCCGUCAGGACGCUUUUUACUGGACUAGGAAUCAGGCGUGUUCCCCCGUGUAGCUCGGCGGCUUCGCCCGGUGUGCGCUGCGGACUGACUGCUCACAUCUGAAGAGUUGGAUUGGAUUGACCGACAGCGGCGGGAGAGGACUGUGUUACCCCACACACAGGACAAAGAAGACUGGGGGGAAAUUACGGGAAAAAGAUAAGAGUGGAAGAAGAAAGGAAGGAAAAUGGAUAGAUGUCUCCUCACGCUCGUCUUUGGUCUUUUAAUGCUCGGUGGGUGCUGGGCCCGGGUGGUGUCGGUGUCUCCUGGUCCAUUAAUCCGGGUGGAGGGUCAAACGGUGUCCAUCAGAUGUGAUGUUAAUGAGUAUAGCGGACCGAGAGAGCAGGAUUUUGACUGGAUGAUGUCCAAGGAUGCGAACGGGAAGCGGAUGAACAUCAUUUCCACCAUCGACGUCAGCUACUCCGACCCGUUGCUCAGCAAGCGCGUUGCGUCCGGCGACAUCUCGGUGGUGCGCCUCAUGGACAACGAGGUGGAGCUGAAGAUCGCGGAGGUGAAGUCGACGGACGCCGGUUUCUACUGGUGUCAAACCCCGAGCACGGACUCCGUCGUCAGCGGCAACUACGAGGCUAAGGUCCAACUCACUGUCAUCCUCAACACCCUCAAGGUCUCGCCCCAGACCCCGCCCCCAGUCAUCUCAGAAGGAAGUGACCUCACGCUCUCCUGCAACGUCACCCGGGAGCUCACCCACUCCACCUACCUCUCCGUCACCUGGUCGGUGAAGAGGGGCGCGACAUCGGAGGAGAUUUUGACUUUUGGCCCUCAGGGAGACGUGGUCACCGGGGCCAAGUACACCCGGCGCUACGCUGACGGAGGCAUCCGAUUGGUCCCCGGGAAGAAUGGAGUUUUUGAACUGGUGAUUUCCAAAGUGACGACGUCUGACGAGGGGAUUUAUGAAUGCAACGGAACUGAAUGGACGUACGAAAAGGGAGGGAAGUGGAUCAAAAUCGUGGAGAGCAAAAAAGAGAUGGGAACUGUGGCUGUAACUCCUACAGGUCAGUCCCUGAGUGUGAAGGCUUCGUCUUCGUCUUCCUCCUCCACGCCCCUGCUGCUCUCCCCCGGCGAGAAGCUGACCCUGGUCUGCUAUGUCGCCGCCGACAACCUCCCCGCCCUCGCCCUGGAAGUGACCUGGCUGGCCGACGGCCGCGAAAUAACCACCAUGGAGCUGAGCGGGGUGGUGAUCUCCAACACGUCCUCGAGCGGCGCGCAGGGAAAGCGAGGGGAGGCGAGCCUGGAGCGGACGGGGGUCGGGGAAUACAAGAUGGGCGUGAGGGGGGUGAGCGGGGAGGACGCAGGGGUGUACGCCUGCCGCGUCCGAGCCUUCAUCGAGAAAGGAGGAAGGAGCUCGGGAGGAGGAGGGAGGUGGCACAUGGUAGCCGAGAAAACAUCCAGCCCUUUAACAGUGAAGGUGGCGCAGAUCAAACCGAGCUUCACGGUGACCCUUGAAGCCGUGCUGAACCCCAAGAUGACGGCCGAACCCACAGAGCUGGCAUGCCGUGUCACCAACAUUACCCAUCUAUCCCUGGGAGGCCGACUGGGUGUCACCUGGCUGCACACUCCACUUCCUGGCACAGGGGGUGGUCCUCAGACCUCACAUUCCAUUGGCUCCCUGGACGGCUAUGGCAACCUGUUGCCGGGAUCGGUGUAUUCCGACAGGCUGAAGAGCGGCGUGAUGUCUCUCAGCAGAGUCCAGCCCGACACAUUUAAACUGCAAAUCCUCCGCACUCAGGAGAUUGACAUGGGCCAGUAUGUCUGCACUGUGUCUGCUUGGAGUGUUAACAGCCAGGGGGACAUUGUGAAUACUGCCGAGUACCAGAGCUCGCAGCUGGCUGUACGAUGGGAUACCAAACGUCCCACUCUGAACGUCGUGGCCAAACGCGUCCGUGAAGCCUCAGCGGGCGGUGCUACCUUUGAGAUGAGCUGCAUCGUGGCCACUGAGAACCUCGGUGAGGCGGGUUACUCGGUGCUCAUCCAAUCGCAGGACAGCCUGGAUGGCAGCGUGAGAACCAUCAUGAGUCUCAGCCCGGACAACGUCCUACAGCACGGAGGAGCCACGGACCCCAACAGGAGAGACAGUCUAGUUCUGACAAAGUCCGGUCCGGCAGAGUUUCAGUUUCGGCUAGCGGGCGUCCAGUUGUCCGACAGGGGGUUCUACUGGUGUGACAUCACCGCAUGGACCAAACAGCAGGCAGGACAAGCGUGGACAAGAGCCACCAGUGCAGAGUCUAACAAAGUCAGGAUCGACUUCCAGGAAAACGGGCCGUCCUAUUCCGUCGCCAUCCAUUCAGACACCAGCGUUGUUAAUCCGUGGGAAACGGCCAAGAUGGAGUGUGCGCUCGGAGUCACUGGGUCUUCCCCGAAGACCGGCACGCAGACAGAUGACCUGGCCUAUGAGGUGCAUUGGUUUUUCACCAGGCUGCGCGGCGGAGAGACAACGACCGAGGUGGCCAGCGUCGACCGCUUCGGCGUUGUGACGAAAGACGUUCGCAACUCAUCCAGUGACAUUUCAAUAGAGCGCAAAGACACACACACCUACCUGUUGAACAUCCAUGGCACUCAGGACAGUGACAGUGGGGAGUAUCACUGCGUCGCCACUCCCUGGUACCUGUCGGCCUCAACAGGAGCCUGGACUCAAGCCGGAGGGCUGACGUCACCUCGAGUCUUCCUUACAGUCCGAUUUGCUGUGUGGGACUCCCUCAAGUUACCUCUCUUAUACGGAGUAGCGGCCUCAAUAGGUGUGGGCCUCUUCUCUCUGGUCCUAGGUCUGGUUUGCGCCCAGUGCUGCUGCCGCAACACCACACACACUCCGCGCUCCCGCAACAAACUCAUGGACCUGGAGAUGGACUGACAAACACUUUCCCCCGCACCCACACACUGCAGCGCUCACAGGAAACACCACACACACAACAGACACACGCCCAUAGACGAUUUCUGGGACACCCAGUUGUUUCCAUGCGAAGGACGUUGGGAGUAAAACGACCCAUCGCCUUGGAAACCGAAGCCCGACUUCGUCAAUCGCAGUGCUUUCGGGGGGUGCUCGGGGUUUCCUCAGCUCUGCAGUGGUGGAGCAGGGGAACGCGCCAACGAGACUUGACUUUCUAUGGAGAUCCAUUAAUAUCGACGGAGCUUCCAGUGAUUCUUUUUUUUUUACCCAAGAAACUCAAGAGUUUAAUUUGUGUGGAACAGGAUGCUUCUGAGACAUCACUGCCGCUUGGGAAUAAAGGACCACUAAAGGAGAACAGAUGAAGCUCU